UUUAUUGGGCAGAGGAAAGGUUUGCGCAAACUGAAAAAGUUGUUGAACACCUGUCGAAGGGCACUAGUCAGAGUAAAAAGGCAGGUGCAGAGAUUAGACCAUAACACACUCAGACUGAGUUACCGUGGGUCGUGGUGCUGGAGUGUAUUUUGUGGGGUUUAGAUCAACAUUUGGUCGUGUAUCUAACUUUUUUUUUUUUUUUAACAUUUGAUUUCGUCACUAUGAGUUUUCACGGCAAGCGAAGCGUGUGCUGCUGGCUUCUCCUGGUUUGCAUUUUCUAUUUCACUUGCCUGCACGGCUCCAACGCGAGUUCUUUGUGGACCGCUUAUGUGAACAUUUCCUUCGUCGAUCCGCAGACCAACAAGACAGUGUGGGAGGAUGAGGAAAGUGGACUCUAUGGACAGAAUUCGUUCAUUACCAACGCGAACGGGGUAGUGGUUUUGCCAGACCCGCUGCACGGCUGCUCGGAACACACCGUGUAUGAUGUACCCGAAUAUGCAAAGAAAAAGUGGAUAGCCUUGGUUCAGCGGGGAAAUGGAUGUACAUUUACCGAGAAAAUCACGCAGGCUGUUUUUCGGGGUGCUGUUGCGGUGGUAAUCUUUAACUACCCCACUUUGGGAAAUGAAGUCAUUGAAAUGUAUCACCCAGGGGCGAAGGACACAGUUGCCAUCAUGGUUGGGAACAGCAAGGGCAUGGAGAUCGUGCAGCUGAUGCACAGCGGGGCCCAGGUCACCCUGACCAUCAAGGUGGGCAAGCAGCAUGGCCCCUGGAUGAGCCAUUACUCGGUUUUCUUCAUCUCCAUCUCCUUCUUCAUCGUCACCGCUGCCAUCGUGGGAUACUUCAUCUUCUACUCUGCCCGUCGGCUCCACACCUCCAGAGCGCUGAACAGGAGACAGAAGCAGCUCAAAGCGGAUGCCAUGAAAGCCAUCGGCCAGUUGGAGGUCCGAACUCUAAAGCCAGGCGACAAGGAGAUUGGAGCAGACGCGGACAGCUGUGCGGUUUGCAUCGAGGUCUACAAACUGAACGAUGUCGUGCGCAUAUUAACCUGCAACCACCUGUUCCACAAAACCUGCAUUGACCCCUGGCUUCUGGAACACAGAACCUGCCCCAUGUGUAAAUGUGACAUCCUGAAGGCUCUGGGCAUUGAGCCUGAUGAUGAGGAAGCUAGUGAGCCAGUUCAAAGUGUGCCAGUGCUUAGCAGCGCCCCUGAAAGCAGCGCCCCGCUCCCCACAGAGGAUGGCCUCAGUGAGACCGCCUCAUCGGGGUACGCCUCUGUACAUGAAGUGGACGAGCGCGUGUUGGAGGAAGAGAAUCCGAUUCCAGCGAACAGCGUGGUGAGGAUGGAGGUGCUCCCACACUACGACAACCUCACCUUUGAAACGGAGGAAGAUGCCCCUCGCUAUGACAACCUGCAGCAAGUCCAGACCUGAGCUGCUUCAUGCACAGGAGUUUCAGGACGCUGCUACCUGGGGACCAGGCACACAAAUCGGUCAUACCCUUAUCUCCUGGAAAUGCUCUAUCGUGACGCUGAUGUCACUAAACCAAUAAUUAACUGUAGGUUUGACCUACUCUUAAAUCAGGGAUGUAUUAGAGUUUGAGAUGGUUAAAACGAGGAUCUAAUUUAUAAAAACCCUAAAAGCAAAACCUUUGCUCAUGCAUUGAUUUUAUUUUAUUAAUAUUCUAUGCACUUGCUUCAUGUAUAUAGAAUGACUAGAAAGUGGACAUGUUUGCAUAGGCUAAAGGGCUUUUAAGGAUUUUUAUUGUUUAAUUGUAUGUAAAUUUUAUUAUACAAUUAUCUCGUACUGAAAUUUCAAGCUUUGCGAAAACACAUUCGUGGAGCAGUAAUAAAUGCAAUGUGUUUUUUAAUGGUUCUGAAUCAACUAAUCUUUGCCAUUUAAGUGGCACACAUUGUUCCAGUCUCUGUUUAGAUAAGUUCAUGUGAACUUAAAUGUUUAUAUAUGGUUUGUCCAAAUGGUGGUGGUUGUGUUUGGGUGUGUUUUUUUUUUAAACCAGGCCCAGCGUUUUGCCUCCCAGAGAGGGAUCUGUCCAGUUCAAACUGGCACCCCUGUGGUUCAAUCUAUUGGUCUGUUUUGCAGUAAAAGGGCAUCAGCAAUACUGUAAGGGACAAAGUAACUUUUGGUUUUAAAGCUAUACAGUUUAAUUUUAAACUGUAUAGCGUUAUAUUGGUAACUAUUGUAAAUAAAUAAAACAAAAAAUACAUUAAAUAAAUUUGAAUAGGUGUCUGCUUUAGUCAGGGCUAUGGUACCAGAACAAGAUGCAAUGGCACCUGUGCUUAAAACAGCAAUGCUGCCCCCUGCAGAGCUGUUCUUUGUUUGUGUUCUUCAUAACACCCCCCCAGCAGGUGUUCCUAAAGUAUCCCUCGGUGAAAACCUAUACAGGUAAUUGGUUUAUACUAAUCAUUAGUCUUUACUUGUGGUGUAACAAGUCCUUGACACAUGGUGGGUUUUAUUGUUGUGUGUUUUUUUUUUUUGGUGAGUCAUUCAUACCCUUAUCGUUUUUAUGCUUCACAUUUAAAAUGCACAGCAGCACCGAUUUUGAUAUGUAACCGAAGCAUGUCCAAUUCCUGAGCACAGGCUUACAUUUGUUUGAUUCACUAUCUGUUUACUUGAUUGCCUUAACUUUUUGAAACCACAUGUGUUUUUUUUUUGUUUUGUUUUUCCAAAUCCAGACUGCCUGCACUUUAUUUAAGCUGUUCUCUGUAUUGUAAUACUGUUGUGACAUUCAUCUGUAAUGUUACUGUGAGAUCAGGAAGAUGGGACUCCUCCUUUUCGUCUCUUUCCACAUAGCUACUGCACCACGGUGGACUGGCUUAGACAUGUACUCCAAAGUAUUUCAAUCAAUCAGAAAGACUUCGUAUUAGUUCUCUUUCCUGCUAUAUCUAUCUGUCAAGAGUAGGGUAUUUGAUAACUGAUGUACAUAUAAUUAAAGCUUUAUAAUAAAGUAAAAACCACACUGAAACAAAUUGUAAAUAAAUUCCUUCACUAUUAAA